AUGUCGGUCGCUAUGACGACUAUUCAACAAAUUGAGGAUUCCUCUCAUGACGUGCCUAAGACCAUCGCGUGUUCCAAAUCCAUCCGUCCAGCCACUCCGAUUAAUGGUUUCUGCCUUAUCCUUCUCAAAAGAGCUAACCGCAUGGCCGAGAAACAGAAGGAACUCUUCGCGGCCAUUGAAGCCAAAGACUUCGAGAAAGCUGCCGAACUGAUUCAAUCUGGCGUUGACGUCAAUUCUCAUGAUGAAGGGGGAAUGUCAGUUCUCGCUGCGGCAGCUUACAGGGGCUCUUCGGAUCUGGUUCAGCUAUGCAUAGAUAAAGGAGCCAAUGUGAACGACAAGGAGCACAACCAAGGCUAUACUCCGCUU